AUGCAGCUGACCCUCUACGUGCUCCUGGUGGUGGCCUGCAUUCCAAAAGCCAUUUUCUGCCAAGAGCAGUCUGACACUGGAGAGAAGAGUCUUCUGGCACACCACAAAAUAAGAUCAGCAAAUUCAGCAUUUGCUGGAAGAUUGUUAAAGCUCUUGAUUUCUGAAAAUCCACAAAAGAAUGUCUUUUUCUCUCCCUUGAGCAUGGCCACCUCCUUUGCCAUGCUCUCCCUGGGGGCCAGAACGGCCACCCUAACUAACCUUUUGGAGGGCCUGGGCUUUAAUCUCACCAAGCUGCAGGAGAGGGAGAUGCAUGAAGGUUUCCCAGCGCUAUUCCACCUACUCAACACUACCCAAGGCAAAGUUCAGCUGGAAAGUGGCAACAACCUCUUUAUUGAUGAUAAGAUACAACCUCUCCAGAGGUUCUUAGAUGAAAUCAGAAACUUAUAUGGAGCUCAAGUGUUUGCUGCAAACUUCACAGAUGCAGAAGGUGCUAAGAAACACAUUAAUGAUCAUGUAGAUAAGAAAACACAUGGGAAAAUUCCAGAAUUGUUCAAGGAUCUAGACUCUGAUACAGUCAUGGUUCUCAUAAACUACAUUUUCUUUAAUGGCAUUUGGGAGACCUCUUUUAAUUCCAACCACACUGAGCUUCAGGACUUUUAUGUAGAUAAAAACACAACAGUUCGAGUGCCAAAGAUGAUGAAAAAGGAAAAACUGUACUACCACCGUGAGGAUGAACUGUUUUCUUCAAUGGUCAUGCUGCCCUAUGAGGGGAAUGCCUGGCUAAUUUUAGUUCUGCCAGAUGAAGGCAAAUUAGAGCAGUUCCAGGUUACCUUGGAGGAAUUACAUCUCUUUGGCUCUAGGGGUCCACAUAAGCAAAAGAAAGAAAUUGAACUAGAUGAUCUCUAA